AACAGAAGGAGCUUGGCUGUUCCUGGAGACGUGUUGCACUUCACUCAUUUGUACCCGCUCAGUGGUGAAUUUGCAGUCAAGUUAAUGCCAAAAUUUUCAAGUCAUGAGGAUCUUGGACUAUCCCUCAUGGGCAGAUAGACAAGCAAAAGCAGUUAUCUUCUCACAAGCCUUCCUUCUGUGUAGAGAUUUACAAAAUGGUUUCCAUCACAACUGAAAAUGUUACACAACUUUACAACAUCCCAGCCACCCAGGAGCUCACAGUCAGUCCACCAAAUUUCCACAAUAAUUCAGGAGUGCAUCAGCUGAUUCAAUAUGAAUGUAUUAAUCCAGAUGUAUGGAAAUGGCUACAGGAUUUUCAGCCUGGAUUCCUCUGGUUUAUAUUCAUUCUGGGAGCAAUAGAAAAUUCCUUUGUCCUCAUUGUCCUAUGUUUCCACAAGAGUCGCUGCACAGUGGCCGAAAUUUACCUAGCAAACAUGGCAUUUGCUGACCUAAUGUUAGUCUGUGCUUUACCUUUCUGGGCCAUUAAUAUUUCUAAUAACUUUCAAUGGCCUUUUGGCCUGUUCCUCUGUAAAGCUGUCAACAUAAUGAGUAACAUGAACUUUUAUUCUAGCAUUUAUUUCCUGACACUAGUGAGCAUCGACCGCUAUCUGGCCUUGGUGAAAACCAUGUCUCUUGGACGGAUGCGACGAACUGUCUGUGCCAAAUGGAAUAGCUUUGUCGUCUGGACAUGUGCGUUGCUCAUAUGUUCACCUACAAUGGUGUUCCGAAAUUUACAGUAUUACAAAGGAUACAACAUCACAGCCUGCGUUCUUGUUUACCCAGCCAGCUACUGGGAGCCUGCAAACAACUCUUUGCUGAACAUUGUGGGCUUUGUGAUCCCACUCUGUGUGAUUACCUACUGCAGUAUACAAAUCAUCAAAGCCUUACAAAGUAGUGAGCUACAAAAAAUGAAGUUAGUCCAGACAGAAAGGAGAGCCACCAUGCUGGUCCUUGCUGUGCUCUUGCUGUUCAUCAUUUGCUGGCUUCCGUUCCAGAUCAGCACGUUCAUCGACACAAUCCGUUACCUCGCACCCACUUUCAUAUGCCUGGAAGAAAUCAAUGACAUAUUGACCCAAGUAGCUACAUACUGUGCCUUUAGCAACAGCUGUCUGAACCCAGUCCUGUAUGUAAUUGUUGGGAAGCACUUCCAGAAGAAGGCUGUGGAAUUCUACAAGGACUUGUUCCCAAAGAGGUGUAGAAAAUCACAGUCUGUGCAAAUGGAAAACUCCCUGGACACUUUAAGAACUUCCAUUUCAAGUGAAUACCCAAGGAAAAAGUCUGUUUUCCCAUUACCACGAUAGCACAAUUUGCUCAUUACAGGAAAAAAGCCUUCUAACAUAUCAGUCUCCACUAAUAUCCAUCUGCUACCGAUUCACAGAAUAAACGUGGUAGUAUUCAUCAUUUGGGGGAAACCAACAGUUUGACCUUAAUGGAAACUCCAUAGAGAGACCUGUUUCUAACGUUAUUGGGUGUUUUUCAUGAUUGAAUCCUACUUUGUAGCAUACUUAGAUUUUCAUGGCUGAAUAAUAUUUGAGGCAUGUGUCAUUUGAAAUGUUCGCAUUUCUAAGGUGUGCAUACAUGUACAUACAGUUCUCUGAAUAGAACCCCAGUAUAGAAGCUAUUGUCAGGAUUGUGCAACUACUUAUGGUACCCAUACAGUUUGUUAGACUAGAUUUUGACAGAAGGGACUUGUAUUUGAUUAAGUUCUGGUAAAUGAAUCCUGUAGGACUAUUAUUCAAAUGGAUUUUCAGGUGUGGCCAUCUUCUGGGCUUUUACUUUCUCUGUUCAGUCAUCCAAAUCUAUUUUGAUUGUUUGAUUGACAAGCUGUGCCUUUUUGCAGCUUCUCUGCCCCUGCUAGUUACAGGUUUACAUCAGCUUGUAUGUACAGAAAGUAGCUCAAAAAAGGUAAAGUGGUAGUGGAAGGAAAGCUGCAGCCAGCUGCAUGAAGUUAGCUGAGUUUUCUUUGUAGCAGGAGAUUCUUUACCCCUUCCGCAUUGGGGUAAAAGCUUUCACUUAAUCCUUUUGAGUUACAUUCAUAGCUACACUUCAGCUCAGAGACUUAGUUUUUAAUAGUCAUAAAGCAUAAUUAAUAUUUGUAAUGUUAUUUAAUGGAAGUAUAAAAGCUCAGCACAACUCGUGUGAUCUCACAAGUAGAAGAAACUGAAAAUAUGGAGAGCAUCACCUAACUGCCUUAGAAAUUUAACUGAAGCUAAUAGGAGUCUUGAAAGUUUGGAGUAUUCAAGAAUGGCCUUUUCAGACUCUAAUAAUACCUACAUUUUAUUUGUAGAGUUAAUCUGAGUGAUUUUAAUACAAGAUAGCUUUUCCCCAAUUGGACUGGAUUUAUGAUCUAAGUUGAGUUUACACAGACGAUAAACUCAUAGUGUACUGAAUUGUCAGUAUGCACUUUUACCUCUAGGAACCUUGAUUGAAAACUGAGUUGAAGAUGAUCAGCAAUCUUCUGAAACUAACAGAGCCUUUGUUCUUUUCAAAGCACUUAAGGUUACAGCCUUAAAACCACCAAAGGAAAUGGGAGUUUGGUGACAUAAACUCAGACGGUGACUGCAUGGUCUUUAUUCAUCAGAGCUAGAAUGGAGCAAAAAAUUUCCAUUUAAGAUGGGAAAUUUGUAUUAAACCUUCAAAUAAUUAAACCCAAAAAUGCUUUAGAAGUGUGUGGAUGUGCUAUAAAAACCAUGAGAUUUAGAUCAUUGUAGAUGAUUUAUAGACAAUUUCCAUAGGUUUUCUGUAAUAAUCUAGUAUAAUCCUAUGUCAUAAAUACUUUUAUUGUUCAUUCUUUAUAUUGUCCAAGACACCUAUGAUGAAACUCUGCAAGUCUUUCUGCUAUCACCAGUGUUAUCAAUACUGUCUUGUUCAUGAGCAUGCUGUUCACACAACCAUUAAAUAAAAGGAACUCCAUACAGAGGUUAUGGAGGCAAUGGAAGAGAUUUUUGAGUAUUUGGUACUGAGAAGUAAAAUAUAAAAAUGUUAUUAUAUUAAUAUGACAUUAAUUUAAAUCAUGUAAAUAUAUAGACACAUUAUUGUGCUAUGCAGUAAGCAUGUACAAUGGAAA